GGAUAACGUUAAAGGCUACCGGUUCCUGCCACGCAUAAACGCGAGAGAGGUUAUCGUUUUUGUCAGGAUAUUUUGUUUGAAAUAAUAGAAAAAGGAAAAAAGAAAAUAAAAAUAGCGUAAAAAUGGCGACAAUUACAGUGAUUAGAAAGUUUCUUCAGGAGUAUACGAAAACUACACCGAAAAAGCUUAAAAUUAUUGAUGCUUAUUUACUGUAUGUGUUUUUGACGGGUGUUAUACAGUUUGUGUAUUGCUGUCUUGUUGGCACUUUUCCAUUCAAUAGUUUUCUAAGUGGCUUUAUAUCUUGUGUCUCUUGUUUCAUUUUAGGAGUUUGUCUUCGAUUACAAGUGAAUCCACAAAACAAAAGUCAAUUCUAUGGAAUAAGUCCGGAGAGAGGAUUCGCUGACUUUAUCUUUGCUCAUAUAAUACUUCACAUCGUCGUGAUGAACUUCAUUGGUUGAUAGAAAUAUUCUUCUCCUAAUAAUUUAUAUCAGCUUAAUCGAUAAACAAUCAGGAAUGAUUAAUGAAGAAGCUCGCACUUUUAUAUAUUAUAAAACAUAUUGCAAAAACUAGUAACUCAUUUUGAUUUGCUCUAAUUCAAUGUAACAUGUAUUUGUCAUAGAAAAAAGUUUUAAGAAAAAAUAAAAAAAUAUAUAUGUAUAUAUAUAUGUGUAUAAAAAAUAAAUAAAUCGUUUGAAAGAAA